AUGGAUCAGGAUCAGGAACCUGAGACACCACAGAAGAAAAGAGGGCGAUAUAAAAUGUAUUUAAGAGGGAAUACACGGAUACCUCGCCCAACUCAACUUAAUUGGUUAUCUCCAAACCAACUGGCAGUGGAGGAAUCACAGAAGAAAAGGGGAAGAUAUAAAGUCUAUCUAAGAGAGAAUUCCGUAAAGAUCCCUUGCCAAACUCAACAUAAUUGGUCAUCUUCAAAUCCAUUGAGAUUGCAGGAAACUGAACUGACAGAAGACCCUCAACUGACAGAGGAAAGAGAGCAGGAUAAAGAACUGGCAUGGUCAGACAGUGGAAAAGACUGGCUAGAUGAUGACACAGAGUGGAUGGAUUCCAUAGAUGAGAUUGAUGAAGAGGGCCAAACUCAAGCAAGAGAUGUAAUGGACCAUGACUCUGACUGGGUGGAUGCCUUGGAAGAGCAGACCUCUGAACUGUCAGAAGAAUUCAACAACAUCAAUGAGAUGGGCCGAGAUCCAGAGUGCAGCAGCCAUUCUAAAGAAGCAGGCUCAUUUAAUUAUUACUAUCUUUGUCCUGUGGCAAUAAUUAAAAACUCCAGUUCAAUGGAAAGUUUGGGUGCGACUGGUGUGUGCAUCCUGGGGAAAUGGUCAGCAAAGGAGCAGGACAUGUCCAUGCAUACCCUUUUCUUUUGCCUGAGCCUGAACCUAGGACUCAAGCACAGUGGAAAGAUGAUUCCAUCACCGCUUUUACCCAACAAGCUCCUGUGA